UGCUGUUUGUUUCCUCUCCAAAAUUCCAAAUAAUACUCUUCCAAUCCUCCCAAAUAUUAAAUCAAAUUCAGUUUUAAUUCCAUUUUCUUCUCUACCCAAUCAUACUUCAAGAAAACUUCAAGAGAAAAUAAUACAAAAUUUAACAAGAAAAAGUUUCUAGAGAGAGAAAGUUUCUAGAGAGAGAAAAUCAAGAAAACAAAACAAAGUAAUAUACAUUACAACCCUUUUAACAUCCUCCUCCUCAUUUUCUUGUUCUUAUUCCUCCAUCAAAACACCAACAAGUUCAUUCUUUCGGCGAACACGGCGGCCGCGGGCGGCGGUGGCGGAGAAAAAUACAAGAAAAACAGCAAAAAUGAAUCAAGAAAUGGAUCAAACACCAACAAGAAUUCAAGAAAACAAAAACCUAGCUCCAAUAUUCAACAAUGGGGUCACUACUCACACCCCACCACUCACACCAAUAUCCAGAUCUGACACUCCUAAUAAUAAUCCUUACCCAACAACUUUUGUUCAAGCAGACUCUUCAUCUUUCAAACAAGUUGUUCAAAUGCUUACAGGUUCAACUGAAACCGCUAAACAAGCGUCGCAAGAUCCGCCAUUAACACCUACUUCUUCUUCUUCAACACCGCCACAAACGCGAAACUUCGCUAUUCCGCCGAUAAAAACAACACCGAAAAAACAACAGCAACAACAAAACAGCUUCAAGCUUUACGAAAGACGAAACAAUUACCAAUUUCAGAACAGUCUCAUGAUCAACACUUUAUUACCGAGUUUUUGCAAUAGUAAUAGUAAUAGUUUUUCGCCAAGAGAAAUCUUGUCGCCGAGUUUGCUCGAGUUUCCUAAGCUGACACUGAGUCCGGUUACUCCAUUAAACAUCGAAGACCCGUUUUAUAAAAAUUCUCCAUCUCCGUCUUUGGCGAAUUCUUCGUCUUCCGAAGAAGAACGAGCUAUUGCUGAAAAAGGGUUUUACUUGCAUCCUUCUCCUAUUUCUACUCCGAGAGAUUCUGAACCUCAGUUGCUGCCACUUUUUCCUGUUACCUCACCAAGAAUUUCAGGUUCUUGAUCUUAAUUUUCUUCAAGUUUAUAUGUAUUUGUACACAUGGAUAAAACAAACUGUCCAUGGAUGGUUUUGAAGAGAGAUAGAGGUAGAGAUCUUUGGUUUUUAAGUGUACAAUUUGAUCUCUCUUCUUAUUAUAUACAUAUGUAUUUAUAUAUUUAUGGUUAAGUCUUUGUUUAACUUUCUUUC